AUGACAGGCUCGUACUUGGAGGCUCUUGCAGCGCCCUUUGAGGCCGACCGCCUUCUUGAAAUCCGCACUUCGGGAAUGAAGCGAAUGCCGGGCUUGACUGUCAUGUCUGGCAUCGACAAGCAGCUUCGCACUGACUCAAUGAAGGUCGACAAGCUGGGGCUCGAAGGGGAUGAGCACGAUCUCACCUUUCACGGCGGCCUGGACAAGGCCAUUCUCGGAUACUGCUCCUCGCAUUAUCCAUCCUGGCAAGAGUCCUACCCCGAACGCGUCGACAGAUUCGUCCCAGGGGGCUUUGGAGAAAACUUUGUCACCGCGCACAUGAACGAGCGCAAUGUCUGCAUUGGGGACGUGAUAUCUGUCGGCCCCGAAGUGGUCCUUCAGGUGUCCCUCCCCAGGCAGCCGUGCUUCAAACUCAACCAUCGCUUCUCGCUCAAGAACUUUGCCCCUGAGACUUACAAGAGCAGUCGCACUGGCUGGUACUACCGGGUUCUGAAGGAAGGCCAUGUCAGCCCUGGCGAUGAACUGAAGCUGGUCGAGAGAAAGUGGCCGGAGUGGACAAUUGAGCGUAUUCAGGAGUAUUUGCAUCGGCAAACCGACAAUGAGGAGAUGAAUGAGAAGCUAGCCGCCAUAGAGGCUCUGGGCGACGAAGCUCGUGGCCAAUUCAAGAGUCGCGUGGCCAAGGCGCAAAGGCGGAAGCAGCAGAAGAAAGAGGAGGCCUGGGAGACCUACAAAGUUGUCAGCCGAAAGAUGCAGACGCCACGGGCGCUUUCACUCGUGAUUGAGGCUCCCGUCAAGCCUCAAUUCGAUGGCUUCCCUUGGGCCUCUCACGCAAAGCUCCGGCUCGCCAAUGGACUUGUGAGGAAGUACUCUGUAGUGUCUAGUCAGGGAGACGGCGAGUCUGCCAGAAGGCUCGAGUUUUGCAUCGCCCUUGAUGACAAUAGCAGAGGCGGCUCGCGGUACAUCCACGAGGCUGUCAAGGUGGGCGACAGCAUUGAGGUGGGCGGCGUGGUGAGCGAUGUCCAUGGCCCGGCAAACGCUGCAAGCCAUCACGUCUUUAUUGCCGGCGGAAUUGGCAUUACAGCAUUCCUGGAACUCAUGAAGACGUACGACUCCAUCAACUGGAGCUUUCAACUGCACUAUGCCGUGCGGUCCGCGGACGAGAUUCCUUAUCGAGAACAGCUGGAGUCGUAUGGAGACAGAGUCAUCAUCUACGACAAGUCGAAGGGCCAAAGGAUGGAUAUUGACAACGUCAUGACCACAACCCCGUGGAAUAGCUUCCUGUAUGUAUGCGGUCCGAACCGUAUGAUGGAAGCAGCCAAAGCCGCCGCCGCAAAGGCCGGCAUUGCCCCUCAAGAAAUCCAUUUUGAAGCCUUUUCCGCCGACACCACCGGCGACCCUUUUGAAGCACAAGUCGUCAACAGGAACAACAAAGUUGUCAAGGUGGGCGAGGAUGAGAGUCUUCUGGAGGUUCUUCAGCGAGAGUUUGGGGACGUCCCUUCGAGUUGCGAGGUGGGCAAUUGCGGGACUUGCAAGGUUACCCUCAAGAGCGGAAAGGUGAUUCAUCGGGGGUCGGCACUGAUGCCUGAUGAGAAAGAUUCGGCCAUCUUGACGUGUGUUAGUCGCGGUGUUGGACGGAUUGCGAUUGAAGUGUAG